CACCGCAGAAAUUUCUUAUUGCUUAUAAUAUUCGUUUGGUUUCUCCAUUAUCACUAUCUGGGGUGUUGAAGACCCCACCGUCAAUUGAGUUCGUGGGUCGAAUCUCCUGGCCGUUUCGUGCUUGUCAAGCAGGACAAGACCCUACCUAACCCGAUUAAUUUAAUUAUCCUGUCGGUUGCGCUUUGCAUUUAGGCCCGACCCAACAUCCAGCAUUGAACCGGGACGACUGCUGGCUUUUGUUAGGUAGUCCGGAGAGUGAGAGAGAAGAAAUUGCUCCGCCUCAACGCAGCCCAGAAACCAAGCCCACUGUGGUUUGUGCCUGUCACUCCGUCCCGCCAGCAAGGGAAAAAAAACCCGCCGCCAGCCAUUGACUGACGAGACUCUUCACAAUGUCCGGUGCCCAUGCUUUGUAUCCGGACACUACGCCAUCCCAGGGGAAAACAUGGCAAGCGAGACUGGAGGAUCACUGCAAGGAGAGCGGUGUCCCUGGCCCGAAUUUCGUGAUUGUCUCCGAUCGUCGAGGAGGUCGCACGGCCUGGUCCAGCUCGGUCACCGUCAAAGGCAUGUUAUUCAAAGCUCGGUUUUGGUACGAUGGCAAGAACCUCGACAAUGCCCGGGAAGACGCCGCCGAAUUGGCCGUGAACUACUUCCAGGGGGGGAAUCAAAAUUCCAGGCCGGGAGGGUACCCUCGGGGGCCCGGUCGUUAGAAGAGGGCUUCCUGUCGUGCGUACGGGCAUACUGGAAAUAGGCGUAUCUCGGGACGGCUUUGGGUUUCUGUGUUCAUUCUCUGUCGCUACGCCCUAUACGU